AAUGACAACCGUUGGAGCACCGAGGAAUUCCUCUCAGCAGAAUCUUUCCAACCGCGCCGUUUACAAUAUACCUAGUACUGAAAGAACUCAGCGAAAAAUCUGGGCAAGCUCGACGUUUAUAGGUGGAAUCGCAGUCUACCUAGAUCACCUCCACUACUGGUAUCCGACUCACUCUUGCCAUUCCGGCCUCGCCGUCGCCUCAUCACAACCACCCCUCAGGUGCCGCUACCAACAUCAUCACACAAGACUGCCCGCCAAGGGGAAAACGAACGGAUUCAUAUAAUCCAUCACCAAUAAAAAUCAGCGACGAUGCCGCCUAGGUCUAUACAAUAUACUCUCUCCGUCGAUGACCUACAUGCCUUGGGGAUACCCCGCGACUUGGACCCCAACUUGAUAGCAGAACUACUCCAGAGAAUUGGGACGGUCUCAGGGAUUCCAAGACUGCCGCAGCAAAAGCCAAAGCAAGAGCAGAAGCAUCCCUGCCGCAACUGUCUUGACAUCUAUCACAAGACGAAGCAUUGCCCGGAUCCCUGCGGCCACUGCGGCCAGGACUGGCACAACGUCGACGCCUGCACCAGCUCCAAGCGCAACCGCUGCCGCUGCAGCCCCUUUCCUCAACGACACCUCGCCAAGCAAUGUCCCAAGAUGUGUACACCGGGCGAAUGUCCCACCUUUCACAUUGGUGACAAGAUCACAGCCAUGAUGUGCAAGGUACGCUGCUGCAUGUGUGGUAUUCCGGGCCACGCCGGCCGUGAUUGCCACCUGAAGAAGUGCCGCUGCGGAGGGGAGCACUUGACCGUGGACCACAUGCCUAUGGAUCGGCAGUGCGUCGUGAUGGACUGCCCACGAUGGUUCUGCACCAAGCAUUGCCAGGCUUGCGAGAUCGAGCUAGAGAAACUCAACGAUGAAGUAUGCCGGAGCUGCUGUGCCAAGCAGCAAAUCCGGCCCUCUUUGCCACGGAAGCACCUACCGACGAAUCCUGAUUACGAGUACGUAGUCGCAGCGAUGGUAUGGGGCAACAGCAAGUAUGGCAAGGCUAUAUUUGGCGAUAAUGUCAUAUUCCAAAAGCCGCCAAUGGAGGAAGACCCGGGAGCUAAAGCAGCAUAAAGUGGCUUGCUGGAGUGACGAUAUAUCAUAUCCUUGAGCCGUCACGUUCAAUAUAAUGAACUCCGUAUAUUCGUAUACACAUGUUUACUGAGCUUGAAAUUGGAGCAUUUACACCUCUUAGACUUGAGUUUUCAAAAAAAAAAA